UGGGUAGGGAAAGCGCUCCAUUAUUAUUGGUAUGAUAAAAUAGAUAAAAAUUGUUGUUAUAAAUUGCUAAGCAAAUAUUUGAAUGAUUAUUAUUGUCGAUUGGAAUCAAUUAUUACAAAGCCAAAAAUGAAGCUAACAGGUGUAUGUUUUUUAAUCGUGGCUUUUUGCGCUAUCAACGCAUUAGCAAGCCCUUCCGAUCCGGAUGAUCCAUCACCAGAUGAACAAACUAAUGCACCAUCUGUUUCAACAUCAGAUUCUCCACCUGACACAGUAACUGAUUCAUCAUCUACUGCACCUACAGAUUCUACACCUGACCCAGCAACUGAUUCAUCAUCUACUGCACCUACAGAUUCUCCACCUAACCCAGCAACUGAUUCAUCAUCUACUGCACCUACAGAUUCUUCACCUGACCCAGCAACUGAUUCAUCAUCUACUGCACCUACAGAUUCUACACCUGACCCAGCAACUGAUUCAUCAUCUACUGCACCUACAGAUUCUCCACCUGACCCAGCAACUGAUUCCGCAUCUACUGCACCUACAGAUUCUCCACCUGAGCCAGUAACUGAUUCAUCAUCUACUGCACCUACAGAUUCUCCACCUGACCCAGCAACUGAUCCAUCAUCCACUGCACCUACUGAUUCUCCACCUGAGCCAGUAACAGAUUCAUCAUCUACUGCACCUACAGAUUCUCCACCUGACCCAGCUACUGAUUCAUCAUCUACUGCACCUACAGAUUCUUCACCUGAGCCAGUAACUGAUUCAUCAUCUACUGCACCUACAGAUUCUCCACCUGACCCAGCAACUGAUCCAUCAUCUACUGCACCUACAGAUUCUACAUCUGAGCCAGUAACAGAUUCAUCAUCUACUGCACCUACAGAUUCUCCACCUGACCCAGCAACUGAUUCAUCAUCUACAGCACCUACAAAUUCUCCACCUGAGCCAGUAACAGAUUCAUCAUCUACUGCACCUACAGAUUCUCCACCUGGCCCAGCUACUGAUUCAUCAUCUACUGCACCUACAGAUUCUUCACCUGAGCCAGUAACUGAUUCAUCAUCUACUGCACCUACAGAUUCUCCACCUGACCCAGCAACUGAUCCAUCAUCUACUGCACCUACAGAUUCUACAUCUGAGCCAGUAACAGAUUCAUCAUCUACUGCACCUACAGAUUCUCCACCUGACCCAGCAACUGAUUCAUCAUCUACAGCACCUACAAAUUCUCCACCUGAGCCAGUAACAGAUUCAUCAUCUACUGCACCUACAGAUUCUCCACCUGGCCCAGCUACUGAUUCAUCAUCUACUGCACCUACAGAUUCUUCACCUGAGCCAGUAACUGAUUCAUCAUCUACUGCACCUACAGAUUCUCCACCUGACCCAGCAACUGAUUCAUCAUCUACAGCACCUACAGAUUCUCCACCUGAGCCAGUAACAGAUUCAUCAUCUACUGCACCUACAGAUUCUCCACCUGAGCCAGUAACAGACUCAUCAUCUACUGCACCUACAGAUUCUCCACCUGAGCCAGUAACAGAUUCAUCAUCUACUGCACCUACAGAUUCUCCACCUGAGCCAGUAACAGAUUCAUCAUCUACUGCGCCUACAGAUUCUCCACCUGAUCCAGUAACAGAUUCAUCAUCUACUGCACCUACAGAUUCUCCACCUGACCCAGCAACUGAUCCAUCAUCUACUGCACCUACAGAUACUCCACCUGAGCCAGUAACAGAUUCAUCAUCUACUGCACCUACAUAUUCUCCACCUGAGCCAAUAACAGAUUCAUCAUCUACUGCACCUACAGAUUCUCCACCUGAGCCAGUAACAGAUUCAUCAUCUACAGCACCUACAGAUUCUCCACCUGAGCCAGUAACAGAUUCAUCAUCUACUGCACCUACCGAUUCUCCACCUGACCCAGCAACUGAUCCAUCAUCUACUGCACCUACAGAUUCUCCACCAGAGCCAGUAACAGAUUCAUCAUCUACUGCACCUACAGAUUCUCCACCUGACCCAGCAACUGAUUCAUCAUCUACAGCACCUACAGAUUCUCCACCUGAGCCAGUAACAUAUUCAUCAUCUACUGCACCUACAGAUUCUCCACCUGAGCCAGUAACAGAUUCAUCAUCUACUGCACCUACAGAUUCUCCACCUGAGCCAGUAACAGAUUCAUCAUCUACUGCACCUACAGAUUCUCCACCUAAGCCAGUAACAGAUUCAUCAUCUACUGCUCCUACAGAUUCUCCACCUGAGCCAGUAACUGAUUCAUCAUCUACUGCACCUACAGAUUCUCCACCUGACCCAGCAACUGAUUCAUCAUCUACUGCACCUACAGAUUCUCCACCUGAGCCAGUAACAGAUUCAUCACCUACUGCACCUACAGAUUCUCCACCUGACCCAGCAACUGAUUCAUCAUCUACUGCACCUACAGAUUCUCCACCUGACCCAGCAACUGAUUCAUCAUCUACUGCACCUACAGAUUCUCCACCUGAGCCAGUAACUGAUUCAUCAUCUGUUUCACCUACAGAUUCUCCACCUGAGCCAGCAACGGAUUCAUCAUCUGCUUCACCUACAGAUUAUCCAUCUGACUCAACAACUGCUUCCUCUGGUUCAUCAACAGAUUUAUCAAGUGACUCAACUGGUGCAACACCUGAGUCAACUACGAAAGGUUCAGCUGCAAGUUUAUUUGCAGGCACGAAUUAUUUGAUGGCUACAUUUGUUAUUGUGAUUAUAAAUUACUUCUUAAUCUAAGUUAGAUCAAUUUUAAAUAUUUUUGUAUCUAUGCACGAUUGUAAAUAAAUAUGGCUGUAAAGUGCAUUCGAAUAAAAUUUUAAUUUUUGUAGUAUUAA